AGAAAAAGAAAUACCAAAAACCCCCAAAUCGAGCGAGCGCCCGAAAAAAUCCCCAAUUCGAAGAAGGCCGACCCCGUAAAACUCUUCGAUUUCGAAAAUUUGUCGAUAAUUCAUUAUUUCUUCUUCUUUCGUUUCUAGGUUUUUGGAAUCUCUUUCUGGGUUUUCUCUCCUUUUUUGUUUGAUCCUAAUUUUUCUCCUUUGUCUUUUUUUUCCUCCUGGCCUGUGUGAGUUCACACGUGCGAAAUCGGCUGUUCACCGACUUUAUUGCUCUGUUCUACUGCGUUUCGGUGUCACUCGAUCAUCGCAGUCACUAGUAACGGUUGUGUGUCCGUCACCUUGUGAGGGAGAAUCUUAUUUCUUGGCUCUGCUCUUUGCGGCUCAAGUUUGUUUCUUUGUGCAUCAAUUUCAAGGACAGUCCACGGUGCUAGGUGUAUUGUAUGUUACGAGCUGCUACACUGAGAUCAUCUGAAGAAUAAUUAAGAGCAGGAGAUGAGCUUUCGAUCUUCUGACUUUUCGGGGGCAGAAGAGUUAUGCAGUGCCUGUUAGUUCUAGCUGCAAGAAGAAUUAGGAGAAGGCGACGAAGGUUUAAGAUAUAACACAUGAAUGUUCAGACUCACAUGUCGGGACAACUAUCUGGGCAGGUUCCAAACCAAGGGAAAAUGCCGCAGAAUAAUGGCAACUCUCAAAUGCAGAACUUAGCUGGUGUAGGGCCUUCACGCAACACCGUUGGUCCCAUGGACCAUGAUAUUUUGAAACUUCGACAGUACAUGCAAACCCUUGUCUUUAACAUGUUGCAGCAACGGCAACCAUCUCCGGCUGAUGCUGUAUCAAAGGCGAAGUAUAUGGAUGUUGCUAAACGCUUAGAGGAUGGGCUGUUUAAUAUGGCUACCUCAAAGGAGGAUUACGUGAACCGGUCAACCCUUGAAUCUCGGAUUACAAGCCUGAUAAAAGGCAGACACUUGAAUAACUACAGUCAGCGACAUGCUAAUUCCUCUUCGGUCGGAACGAUGAUACCUACUCCAGGAUUAUCACACGCUGGGAGUAAUCCUAAUUUGACGGUUACAACCUCUGCUGAUGCUACAACAGUUGGCAACAACAUCAUCUCAAGUACAGCUGUGAACACUGGAAACCUUCUAGCUGCUGGUGGCAUGCAUGGAGGUAAUGUUUUUAAUGGAUACCAGAAUUCAUCGAGAAACUUUUCUCUUGGUUCUAGAGGGAACAUGGCAUCCAUGAGUUCUCAAAGAAGUACUGCCCAGAUGAUUCCUACACCUGGGUUCGUUAACAGUGGUUCUAAUAACAACAGUGGUGGAUUUUCUGCUGAGCCCACGUUGGUACCUCAGUGUCAGCAGCAGCAACAAAGGCAGGCUACUGGGGGUCAAAAUAGUCACUUGUUGCCCAACCAAAUGACGGCUGGGAGUAGACUCGACAUGCAACCAAAGCCGGCUGGUGUGGCCAGUAACUCUGUAAAUAGUGGUGUUGGAGUGAACGAAAAAAGUGUAGACGCAGGUAAUUCUUCCAAAAUUUUAGAGCAGUCUCCUGAUACCUUCCCCCGGGCAGGAAAUCAAGGGGAAGGUUAUAGCACAACAAACCCUGACACCCUGGGAUCUGGAAAUUUGCAUGGAGGUGUAAGUUCGGUUGGGAUGAUGACAAAUGCUCAGAAUAUCAAUACAUCAAGUUUCCAGUCUGUGUCCAGAGCUAACUCUUCUCUUCUGCAGCCACAUCAACAACAACAAUUUCAGCAACAGUCAAAUCAGAUUCAACAGCAGCAGCAGAAAUUUCUCCAGCAAAGGAAAUUGAAGCAGCAGACCCUGCAGCAACAUAAAUUAAUAAGCAAUGAUGGUUUGGGCAAACCUCAGGUGGCUUCUGACAUGGUUACGAUAGUUAAACAUGAACCUGGAAUGGAGAACCAUAGUGAGGCUAUGCACUCCCAAGCAUCUGAACAACUCCAGCUUUCUCAGUUCCAGAAUCAAUAUCAGAACUCUGGAGAAGAGUGCUAUGCAGACGCUCAGCAUCUCUCAGUUACAAGUCAGAGUGAUAUAUGCACGUCACUUCCUCAAAAUAGCCGACAGAGUCAGCAAAUGCUGCACCCUCAGAAUAAAGGUUCUGAUUCUGUCAACAGUUUUAGCAACCUUGCUGUUGAAGUAAAAUCAGAAUCCCUUCCACGGGUUCAGUGGCCUUCCCAGUCUCAGGAAAACACUCAAAUGUCUAAUGGUAUGUCAAGUGAACAGAACAUUCAGGAGGAUUUCCGUCAAAGAAUUACCGGAAUGGAUGAAGCUCAACCUAAUAAUUUGACUGAAGGGUCUGUUAUUGGUCAAAAUCAUACUUCUACCAUAUCCGAAUCCCAUAGUCUGCAAAAUUCUGCUGGAACGACAUGUAGAUAUGGAAACGUAACUCGCGAUCCCAAGUUCCGAAAUCAACAAAGAUGGCUCUUGUUUCUACUUCAUGCACGGACCUGCAAACCGCCUGGAGGGAAGUGCCAAGACCGAAAUUGCGUUCAUGUUCAGAAACUAUGGAGUCACAUGAACAGUUGUGUUGAACCUCAGUGUUCGUAUCCUCGUUGUCGUCACACUAAGGCAUUGAUUAGCCACUAUAAAAACUGCAAGGAUCUUCGGUGCCCCGUCUGUGUGCCAGUGAAGACCUACCAUCAGCAACAAGCUAAUGCGCGUGCCCAGGCCCGUUUAAAAAGCGAAAGCAGUGCAGUGAGUUCAGUGAACAGAGCUGUAACAUCAAAUGAUUCACUAUGUGCUACUGCUAGAGCGGUUUCUGCUGCCCCUCGUUGUGCUGAUACUUUAGACAAUUUGCAACCUUCAUCAAAACGGUUGAAGGUGGAGCAGUCUUUUCAACCAGUUGUCCCUGACACUGAAAGUUGUAAAAGCUCUGUUGUUUCUAAAACAGAGACAGAAUUAUCUCAGGAUACUGAAAGAAAAGAUCAUAGGCAUAGUGAUGCACAUGCGGCAUUGAAGUCAGAGAACUUAGAAGUGAAAGAAGAAAUUCCUGAAAUUUCUGUUCAAGCAGUUUUCAGCAUCAAAGAGAUGAAACAUGAAGCUUUUGAAAAUGUUCCCAAGCCUAGGCCUGUCAUUGAACCAGGUAAACAUGAUUUAUCUGGUGCCUCGCCAAAGCAAGAAAAUAUAAAAAUGGAGCAAGACCUUAAGCAUUCGAAGAAAGAAGAUCUGGUGGAAUCUCCUGCAUCAAAAUCUGGAAAACCAAAGAUAAAGGGUGUUUCUUUAACUGAAUUGUUCACUCCCGAACAAGUGAGAGAACAUAUUCGUGGUCUUCGUCAGUGGGUUGGCCAGAGUAAAGCCAAAGUAGAAAAGAAUCAGGCCAUGGAGAAUUUGAUGAGUGAGAAUUCCUGCCAGUUAUGUGCGGUGGAGAAGCUUACAUUCGAGCCACCACCUAUCUAUUGUACUCCUUGUGGUGCUCGUAUCAAGAGAAAUGCAAUGUACUAUACUGUUGGAGGUGGUGAAACUCGUCAUUACUUUUGUAUUCCCUGUUAUAAUGAAUCCCGAGGAGACGCUAUACUCGCUGGAGGGACCUCAAUACCGAAGGCAAGACUCGAGAAAAAGAAAAAUGAUGAAGAGACUGAAGAAUGGUGGGUCCAAUGUGAUAAAUGUGAGGCCUGGCAGCAUCAGAUAUGUGCUCUAUUUAAUGGGCGGAGGAAUGAUGGGGGGCAAGCUGAGUACACCUGCCCAAAUUGCUAUAUAAUUGAGGUGGAGCGCAAUGAGAGAAAACCUUUACCUCAGAGUGCUGUUCUUGGAGCGAAAGACCUACCAAGAACGAUUCUCAGUGACCAUAUAGAGCAGCGUUUGUUUAAAAGGCUGGACGAGGAAAGGACUGAGAGAGCCAGGGCUCAAGCAAAAAAUUGUGAUGAGAUUCCAACUGCUGAAUCCCUUGUGGUUAGAGUUGUUUCAUCCGUUGACAAGAAGGUGGAAGUCAAAUCUCGAUUUCUUGAAAUUUUUAGGGAGGAUAAUUUCCCCACAGAAUUUCCAUACAAGUCCAAGGUGGUUCUAUUGUUCCAAAAGAUAGAAGGUGUAGAAGUAUGCUUGUUUGGGAUGUAUGUCCAAGAAUUUGGAUCCGAAUGUUCAUUUCCUAAUCAACGCCGUGUUUAUCUCUCGUAUUUGGAUUCUGUGAAGUACUUUAGACCUGAGAUUAAAUCUGCUAAUGGAGAGGCUCUGCGCACUUUUGUUUACCAGGAAAUUCUUAUUGGUUACCUGGAAUACUGCAAAUUGCGUGGUUUCACGAGCUGCUAUAUAUGGGCUUGUCCACCACUGAAGGGUGAGGACUAUAUCCUAUAUUGCCAUCCAGAAAUUCAGAAAACGCCAAAGUCUGAUAAACUACGGGAGUGGUACUUGGCAAUGUUGAGAAAAGCUGCAAAGGAAGGGAUUGUAGCGGAAACAACAAAUCUAUAUGACCAUUUUUUCUUGCAAACUGGUGAAUGUAGAGCUAAGGUUACGGCAGCUAGGCUCCCAUAUUUUGAUGGUGACUAUUGGCCAGGUGCAGCAGAGGAUAUCAUAUACCAAAUGGGUCAAGAAGAUGAUGGUAGAAAGGGAAAUAAGAAACCGAUACUCAAGAAACCCAUUACAAAAAGAGCUUUGAAAGCAUCUGGCCAGUCUGAUCUGUCUGGGAAUACGUCCAAAGAUCUGCUGCUAAUGCAUAAGCUUGGUGAGACCAUUUACCCAAUGAAGGAGGAUUUCAUCAUGGUUCACUUGCAGCAUUGCUGCACGCAUUGCUGUACACUGAUGGUAACUGGAAAUCGUUGGGUCUGCAGCCAAUGCAAAGAUUUCCAGUUAUGUGAUGGGUGCUAUGAGGCUGAACAGAAACGAGAAGACAGAGAAAGGCAUCCUGUUAAUCAAAAGGAUAAUCAUAAACUGUAUCCCGUUGAGAUCACCGAUAUUCCUGCAGACACCAAAGAUAGAGAUGAGAUACUUGAAAGUGAAUUUUUCGAUACAAGGCAAGCAUUCUUGAGUCUUUGUCAAGGGAAUCAUUAUCAGUAUGAUACACUGAGGCGGGCAAAACAUUCUUCCAUGAUGGUGCUUUACCAUCUGCAUAAUCCAACUGCUCCUGCCUUUGUCUCAACAUGUAACGCAUGUCACCUCGAUAUUGAAAGUGGUCAAGGCUGGCGCUGUGAAGUUUGCCCAGACUACGAUGUGUGCAAUACUUGUUACAGUAAAGAGGGCUGUAUUAAUCAUCCUCACAAGUUGACAAAUCACCCAUCACUAGCUGAUCAAAAUGCGCAGAACAAAGAAGCUAGGCAAUUGCGGGUCUUGCAGCUCAGGAAAAUGCUCGAUCUUCUGGUGCAUGCGUCGCAUUGCCGUUCUGCACAAUGUCAAUAUCCCAACUGCCGCAAAGUGAAGGGACUAUUCCGACAUGGUCUACGUUGCAAAGUGCGUGCUUCAGGAGGUUGUCUUCUAUGCAAGAAAAUGUGGUAUCUCUUGCAACUCCACGCUAGGGCCUGCAAGGAAUCCGAGUGUCAUGUACCUCGAUGCGGGGACCUUAAGGAACAUCUUAGAAGGUUACAGCAACAAUCAGAUUCACGGCGCAGAGCAGCCGUCAUGGAGAUGAUGAGACAGAGAGCUGCAGAAGUCGCUGGAACCUCCGGUUGAUUACUUUGUAUAUACCUAUUUCAUUUAGGAUCCAAACAGAAGUGGAAAUCUAAUCUUCUGCCGAAUGUUAAGAAGAUAAAAGAAGCUGGUGUCUCUGAGCUCCACUUGAAGAAAAAGGAGUUAAGAAGUGAAUAACACCAGCUAGUGAAAACACGUAAGAAGACGGGAAACAAACUCUCUAACGGUUUAACUUAGAUGGAGUCGUAUUUAACAGUCACAAGUGAUGGAGUGAUGGUGAUGAUUAUAAUGAUGAUUAACUUGGGGGAACAAGCUCUCGAGUGACUUAAAGAGUUUCACAGCGUAAGUGCCACUGAAGCAGAAGCAUUGGUCUAGUCGUAAAAAAAGGAAAAGAAAUCAGAUUUCAGACUCUUUAAUUCAGUCCAGUAGCUUGAUCUCGUUGGUGAUUCUUUUUUAUUAUAUCUAUAUACACACUCUGUUUCUGCUUACACCUUCUUGGUCCUUCUGUGUACUUAUGAAACGCCUUAUACCUUUGGGGGUGUGGCAAGAAUGUAAUAUAUAUAUAGUGACAGCUCGCUAGUGUAAGAUGAAGAGAGUGUCUACGGGUGCAUCUCUGACAAUUUUUGGUAAACUUAUAUUAAUAAUAACAUUUUCGUA